UCCUUGGCAUCCAUGGCCGAGGGGACUGGACGCGCCCCCCUGCCUUUCCGCCCGGGACUCCAGGCCCCCUCUGCCUUCGCCUAUGAGGGCCUCUGUGGCAAAUGGAGCCUGCCCAGCUGCAAGGGACUGAACGGGCUGGCAGGGGGCGAGGUUGACAUCCCACCCGGAACACCCCCAGCGUGCGCCAAGGAGAGUUCUUCGUUAUCGCCUUCUGCUGUUGCUGCAGUGGGGACAGCGGGCGCUGGUGGCAGCCCUAAACCUCAGCCCCCCAACCCAGGACCAGUCCCUGAAGGCAGCAGCGACUCCACCCCGUUACCUCCAGAACUGUUGGCGACGCCCUGCGGGAGCUGUCCCCAGCCAGAGUCUGCCCCUACCGUAGCAGAGUGGGGGCGGCAACGAGAAGACGAAGACAGCCCCGCAGCUGCCCAGCCGCUUCUGGAACAUCAGUACUAAGGGGGAAG